UUAAUCUCCCCUUUAUAAACGGAAAACAAUUUUGAUUCUACCACAACAAACCCAUACUAAUUCUUGUAAACUGUAAUCAAUUCUCAGCAACUUAAAUUCGUUGGUCCAGCUUAUUUUCAUGACUAGUCUUAACUUCGAUGACCAAGACGGUGUUUUGAGAUCGAUUACGGAUGCACCACCAACUCAUUACACACUAAAAAUAGAGUCACUUUCGGUGCUGAACAAAAAUUCAUUGGAGAAAUAUGAAUCAGGGGAAUUCGGAGCAGGAGGAUACAAAUGGAAACUUGUUUUCUAUCCAAAUGGAAACAAGAGAAAGAAUGUUAAAGACCACAUUUCCCUCUACCUGGUAAUGGCUGGAGCAAAUACUUCCCAGAUACAUUGGGGUGUACAUGCUGUUUUCAGACUGUUUUUGCUGGAUCAGAAUACCGGCAACUACUUAGUUUUUCAGGAACAAAAGGAGAGGCACUUUCAUGCAAUGAAGCUUGAUUGGGGUUUCGAUCAGUUUCUCUCCGUCAAAGCUUUUAAUGAAGCUUCCAAUGGAUUUCUCAUGGAUGAUACUUGUGUGUUUGGGGCAGAGGUCUUUGUUUCUAAGGAAAGAAGCAUGGGCAAAGGAGAGUGUCUAUCUAUGGUGAAGGACGCUGUUAUGUACAAACAUGUUUGGAAGAUUGACAGCUUCUCAAAGAUAAACACAGACUGCCAUGACUCCAAAACUUUCAGUUCUGGAGACCAAAACUGGAAGAUACAACUCUAUCCCAAGGGUAAAGGCAUUGGAACGGGUAGUCAUCUUUCCCUUUAUUUGGCAUUGGCUGAUCCUACUUCUCUACCUCGUGAUACUAAAAUAUAUACAGAGUUUACCCUGCGCAUCCUUGAACAGACGCAUCAAAGGCAUCAGCAUGGUAAAGCUAGCUUCUGGUUUAGUGCUUCAGAUCCAGAAAGGGGUUGGCAGAAAUUCAUUACACUAGGCUUUCUCAGUCAGACAACCAUGGGGUUUCUGUUGAAGGAUACAUGCAUUGUGGAGGCAGAGGUCACCGUCCAUGGAAUUUCUAAUGCACUAUAGUAAAAGUCAGCACCAACUGAAUGAAGGUGUAAUGUUUAUAAAAUUUGGUGUUAAUAAGACAGAAAUUCAUUACACUAGGCUUUGUCAGUCAGACAACCAUGGGGUUUCUGUGGAAGGAUACAUGCAUUGUGGAGGCAGAGGUCACUGUCCAUGGAAUUUCUAAUGUACUAUAGAAAAAGUCAGCACCUACUGAAUGAAGGUGUAAUUUUCAUAAAAUUUGGUGUUAAUAAGACAAAG